CUGUCAGCCGUCAUUCAAAAUCGCUAAUUCUCCAAAAUUGGCCCGAAAUCAAUCAUUACUCGUGAUUAAAUCCCAAUGGGUUCAUUAUUGACUCGCCGCCCCCGUUAGCCGCCCCCUGCGGCGCGUACUCUCGUUCAAUCCUAGUGUGCAACGAACCGGAAAUACGUCAAAAAACAAAUACGCAUCUGCAUCGGCUGCCAUUUUAUUUUAGUGACAAGUGCGUGCAAGCGUAUUUACAAAUACGCUUAAAUUGUGUGUCUGUGUGAGGGUGCGUGAGUGAGAAUGUCGGUGGAGUACCUCCAAGUGGCCGAGGACGAGGGCGAGGAGCCCAUCGAGUUGCCCACGGAAGAUGACGGGACUCUACUUCUGAGCACUCUGGCGGCACAGUUCCCGGGCUCCUCGGGACUCAAGUACAGGAAUCCCGAAACGAAAGCGAUGAGAGGGGUGCGAUUGAGCGAGGGGCGGCUGCAUCCGCCGCCGGAGAUCGGAUGGGGCUCACAGAUUUUCUACUGUGUCUUUCCCAAAGAAAACAAACGGAAGUCGGACGACAAUUUAGAAAAUUCAACAGCGAAAACGAAACGUAUGGAAACAAAACUAAGAUGUACAGAUUUGAUAGUGUUAGGAUUACCUUGGAAAACAACUGAACAGAAUUUACGGGAAUAUUUUGAAACGUUCGGUGAAGUUUUGAUGGCUCAAGUUAAGAAAGACCCCAAAACCGGCCAAUCGAAAGGCUUCGGUUUCAUCCGAUUCGCAUCGUAUGAAUCCCAAAUGCGUGUGUUGGCCCAAAGGCACAUGAUUGAUGGUCGGUGGUGUGACGUCAAAGUACCCAAUUCUAAAGAAGGUCUGAUCCAACAAGUGCCCUGCAAGGUGUUUAUCGGCCGUUGCACCGAAGAACUAACUGCCGAUGAUCUUCGCGAAUAUUUUGGCAAAUACGGCGAAGUCACCGAUGUUUUCAUCCCGAAACCGUUUCGCGCGUUCAGUUUCGUCACAUUUUUGGACCCCGAAGUGGCCCAAAGUCUCUGCGGCGAGGAUCACAUCAUCAAAGGUGUGUCAGUUCACGUUUCAAAUGCCGCCCCCAAAUCGGAAACACGAGGUGGCGGUUACGGGGGCGGCGGACCGCGAGGUGCCAAUCAUGGUAAUAACAGGAGCGGACCGGGAUCAGACGGACCAGGAAUGUACCAACAAAGAUACAAUCCAGGACCGAAUCAGGGGAAUUGGAGCAAUCAAGGACCGAGGGGGAAUAUCGACAUGCCAAAUUUACAGGCUUUAGGUAUAACCGGUCAAGGUCAGCAAGGUAGUAACCAACAAAGCUGUAAUCCGUUGGGUUUGGGUUUGAAUUUGAGCGCUUUACCCAUGAAUCCCGCUCUGGUCGCUGCCGCAUUGAAUCAAGCAGGCUGGGGGCUUAUCGGUAAUUUACAGAAUCAGCCCGAACCGAAUUUCAAUCAGGGCUUCAACAACGGCCCCAACAAUAACAGCGGCAACACGCCGAACGGCAGCAACCAGGGGGGUAGCAGCAAUCCAGGUUUUCUCAAUUGGAUGAAUCAGGGUGGCGGUCAAAAUCAAGAUGGCGGCCAAUGGCCUCGACCGCCCCCUCAACAGGCCCAGGAGAACAAGGGAUUUCUCAAGUACGACUAAAUCAAAUAAUUUUAAACCAACCAAUCACAAUCAUUCUAUCCACAUCCUUUUCCUUCAUUUUGAUUUUUCUAUUACGUUUCUUUCUGUUUUCUUGCCCACUUAGUGUGUGUCUCUCAAGUAAUAUAAUUCAGCACAUGUUGAGAAAAGCUUUCGGAAAUGUUGUGUGAAUGUCAAGUGGAAAAUUCGAGGACUAGUCAAUUUUAUACAAAAUAUACUCAUUUGUUAAUAUGCCGGAAGUGUGUGAGGUGAUUUUGUUUUGUUUUGUAUUUGUUGGUUGAAAUAGUUUUCCGGAAGCUUUUGCUUGUAAUGUAGAUUAGUCUAGGGAAAAAGAAAAUGUAUUGAAUAUUUGGUGAUUUUGAUUUGCCGAAGUUGGCAGUUCUGUUUUUUUUCUUCUAAGUGCAUCACGACGGUUGGAUCUUUCAUCGUAAGAGUUUUAAAAAGAUAGUGACUGUAUAUUUAAUUGUGUUUGACUGGGUUUUUAAAGGAAAAUUAUGUAAAAGAGGUGAUAAUAUUAUAUGAGUGCAGAUGA